AUGAAUGUGGCAAAUCAAACAAGAGUGACAGAGUUUAUUUUUCUGGGAUUUUCUGGUGUUCUCUAUCUAAGGCUUGCAUUAUUUGCGAUGUUUCUCACUGUAUAUCUGCUCUCUAUCAUGGGAAACACCCUCAUCAUCUUCAUUAUUCUCAUGGAUUCCACACUUCAAACACCCAUGUACAUUUUUUUAGGAAAUUUGUCCUUUCUAGAGAUCUGGUACACGACAGCCACAGUGCCUAAAUUGCUGGCCACUUGUCUCUCACAGGUUGUUACCAUCUCCGUUUCUGGUUGUAUAACCCAGUACUACUUUUUUUUCUCUAUGGGGGCCACAGAGUGCAUCCUGUUGGCUGUGAUGGCCUAUGAUCGCUAUGUGGCCAUAUGCAGCCCUCUAAGAUAUGCAUUCCUCAUGAGUCUCCAGGUAUGCCUGCAGUUUUCAGCUGGAUCUUGGAUUGGGGGCUUCAUUGCCCCUCUCCUACCUACCAUACUCAUCUCUUACCUAAACUUUUGUGGACCUCAAAAGAUUAAUCAUUUCUUCUGCGACUCAGACCCAAUUUUUAAACUCUCCUGCUCAGAUACAUUCUUGGUGGAGGCUUUGGGUUACACAUGUAGCUCUGUUGUGAUUCUAAGUUCUUUUCUUCUCACUAUGUCAUCCUAUGGGAAUAUUGUGGUCACAAUAAUCAAGCUAUCUUCCCGAGAGGCUCGGAAGAAAACUUUCUCCACCUGCGCCUCCCACCUCACUGUAGUUACCAUCUAUUAUGGCACCAUUAUCUUUGCCUAUGUUCGUCCUCCAGCCAAGUACAACUUUACCAUGGGUAAAGUGAUUUCAGUAUUCUACUGUGUAGUCACUCCAUUGGUAAAUCCUCUUGUAUACACCCUAAGAAACAAAGAUGUGAAGAAAGCUUUCAGGAAAGUUCUAGCACAAAAGAGGUUGCUCUUGGGCAGACACAUGCAGAAUAUUUGA